AUGUUGAACAUCUUAGGCAACACCAGUUGUACCGAUUAUGGCCUCUUCGCUGCCAUCAUCCUCAGCACCAGCUUUGUAUACAACAAGGGGCGCUUCUUGCCUAGGACGGAUCGCUCCGAGAAGAUUCUCUAUGAGAAAGUCCAGAAGCAAGAUGCGGCAACGUCUAGUUCGUCAGCUACCCGCGACAUGGGAGAAAAGGUCAGGACUUCGGAUGCACAAUUCAUAAUCCUCUGGGGUUCGCAGUCAGGGACCGCAGAAGGUCUCGCUCAACGUCUCAAGCGGGAUAUUCAACAGCGUUUUAGUUCCCAAGUCGUCCUCGGCGACCUGUCAGACUACGACCCGGCUACCGUGGCAAAUAUACCCGGCCCCGUGUUUCUUGUUCUCAUCAUGUCAACCUAUGGAGAGGGCGACCCAAGCGACAACGCGCAGGACUUUGUGACCUACUUGACAUCAACACCGAAUGCUAAUUUGGCUCAACUGCGCUUCGCUGCCUUCGGCUGCGGGAACAGCAGCUACCGGUACUUCAAUCAAGUCAUCUAUGAUACAGCUUCGGCUCUGGAGCACCGCGGCGCCAAGGCCAUAGUCCCUGUUGGCACUGGCGACGAGGCGAAAAGGUCUACCCUCGAGGACUUCCACGACUGGAAAGCUGCCUUUUUCUCCACCCUAGUCUCUCAGUAUGCUCUGUCAGAGCGCGAUAUUGGGUACCAACCCGCGGUUCAGAUCGAACUAGAGGCUCCAUCCAGCAAGGCAACAGAGAACAGCACCAAAAGCACAUUGGCCAAGGUAACCGUGGUCAGUCUGCCGACUGUCUCGAACCUGGCGGUUGCCCAGUACGUCGACCCUCUGAGAUCCUGCGUCCACAUCAAACUCGACCUUAGCAGUUACCCCCAGAUCAAAUACCGGACAGGUGAUCAUAUUGCUGUCUGGCCGCGAAAUCCUAAGGACGAAGUGGAUAACCUGUUGCGCAUCAUGCAAAAGGAGUCGCAGAGUGAUUAUUACAUGCGGAUCACAUCAAAGGACGAGCUGGUCGAAAUGAACUUCCCAUCCACAAUGACCCUUCAUGACUUGCUUUCAAAACACCUGGACAUCUGUGCUCCGGUGCCGAGAGAGACGAUUCUAGUGCUGGCGCGGAUGGCCAAAACUCCGGAGGUGAAGCAAGAGCUCGAACGCAUCGGCAGUACGAAGGAGGCGUACGCAAUAUUCCUGGACAGCCAUCAUAUGACACUGGCCAGAUUACUGUGUCAUAUCUCGGCGCUUCAUCCCAGCAGCUCCUGGGACUGGUUGCCCCUCUCCUUCCUUGUCGACCUGAUUCCUCCCCUGAAACCACGGCUCUACUCCAUCGGAUCGUCCAGCAUCGUGGACCCCAAGCACGUCAGCCUGGUCGUCUCUGUCAAGCCUCAGCCAAUCCCCGGCCGCCCUGAUACCCUCAUCCAUGGCCUGACGAGCACCUUUCUGGCGAGACUGCCAUUGAACUCUCCAGAAGAGUCUCUUGUCCAGGCUGAAAUCCGGCGCUCCGACUUCAAGCUCCCAUUCAACACUGAGACGCCCGUCAUCAUGGUUGCAGCUGGCACGGGCAUUGCUCCGUUCCGCGCGUUUGUGCACGAGCGUGCACGGCUCGCCUCGAUCGGCCGCCCGGUCGGCCCGAUGCUGCUGUUCUUCGGCUGCCAGAAUCAGGCUGACUGCCUGUUCUACGAUGAGCUCACGGAGCUUGCGGCCACGCAUGCGUCGCGUUUUGAGCUACAGCUGUACACGGCUUUCUCACGACAGCCCUCGGCAAAGACCAAAUAUGUGCAAGACCAGUUGUUUGAGCACCGCCAGAGUGUCAUGAAGUACCUGAUUGAGGACGACGCGGGGCUUUACAUCUGUGGAGCAACGGCGAUGGCGAAGGAGGUCAGAAAAGUGUUGUUGGAGGCGGCGAUGGUAAUGAAGCAAUGGACUAGCAGCGAGGCUGAGCAGUGGAGACAGGGCAGGCGGAAGGCAAAACGGUGGAAUGAAGAUGUAUGGAGUUAGCUUUUUCGACGGAUCGGCGGGCAAUCUGAUGUUAGAUCAAACAGGUGCUCCUCCCAAUUAUUUCGCAACGACCAGAAUCAUCUUCUACGCGAUCACCUACUCUAUCAAGGGCAGACGCAACCUCUUGCACGCACGAUUCGUGUUUGCACGUGAUGGAAAUAGGAUUCCUUGCCGCGACGCAUCUUGUUCAAGUUUUCCUCGAUGCAUCCUUCGACGACGCGUG